AUGAGAAGGGAAAAGGCUUAUUUUGAGGAGUUAGUAAUGCUGAAAAAACUAGCAGAAAGUAAAGUAGAAGGUGGUCUGAAUUUGGGGGAUGACUUUGAUGGAUACAGUGACUUAGACAGCCCUAGUGAGUCAGAAGAUGAGGAUGAUGUUGGUUACUUAGUUGCACCACAACACCAUAAGAGGGGGAGAGGGAAACAGAAGCAAAACAACACUGAAACUGAAGAGAGGGAAGCCACUUUUUAUGUUGGGCAACAGUUUGAGAAUCCAAAGACAUUUAGGAAAGCAAUCAUAGAUUAUUCAAUUGAUAAAGGAAGAAACAUUCCAUUUUCUAAAAAUGAUUCCACUAGGGUUUGUGCAGAGUGUGAGCACAAAGAUAAAGGUUGUAAAUGGAGAAUUUGGGCUUCAUGGGAGAGAGGAAGAAGGUCAUUUACAGUGAAAACAUUUGUCAGUGAGCACACUUGUGGUAGGACACCUAUCAUUAAGAAGAUGACUUCACAUUGGAUUGCAGAACACUACCAGAAUCUGUUUAAGGUUAACCCUUACAUGAGAGUGCAAGAUAUUCAGGAAACCAUUUGGUUAGAAAAGGGUAUAAGGGUGAGCAAAGACAAGGCUGCCAGGGCUAGGAGAAGGGGUCAAGCACUCAUUGUUGGUGAAUACAAAGAGCAGUAUGCAUUACUCCCAAGGUAUGCAGCUGAGAUACUAAGAAGCAAUCCAGGGAACACAGUGAAGUUGAAGUUGGAUGCAAAUGUGUUUGACAGACUGUAUUUGUGUUUUGAGGCACUUAGGAAAGGGUUCUUGGCAGGAUGCAGACCUUUCAUAUCACUUGAUGGAUGUUUCUUAAAGGGACCAUUUGGGGGUCAAUUGUUAGUAGCAGUAGGGAGGGAUGGAAACAAUCAAAUGUUCCCUUUGGCUUGGGCUGUUUGUGAGGUUGAAAGCACUGACACAUGGAGUUGGUUUCUAGAACUUCUAGCUACUAAUUUAGGCACUAGUGAAGGAGCAGGGUACACAUUCAUGUCUGACCAACAAAAGGGUUUACUUGCUGCUGUGUCAAAUGUGUUUCCACAAGAUGAAAGUAGGGUGUGUGAAAGGCAUGUGUACUGUAACUUUAGGGGAGUGUUUGGAGGUGGUUUAGAGUAUAGAAAACAAUUCUGGACUAUUGCAAAAAGCAACACAGUAAAUCACUUCAAUGAAAACAUUGAAGUAAUGAGGGCUAUUUCACAUGAAGCUGCUGAAGACCUACUGAAAAGGAACUACAAGAAAUGGUGUAGGGCAUUCUACACUCCAUUAUCUUGUUGUGACAGUGUAGACAACAACAUGAGUGAGGUGUUUAAUGCAUACAUCUUGAGUGCAAGGCACAAGCCUAUUAUUACCAUGUUGGAAGAUAUCAGAGAGGGUUUGGUGGAAAGACUGCAUAAGAAAAGAGAUUUCAUUGGGAAAAAGGAGAUAAUGUUGUGUCCUAGGAUCCAAAUUCAGUUAGAGAAACACAAAAUUUGGGCUAGGGGUUGGAAUGCAUACUGGGAUGGUGGGGUUUUGCUAUGGAGUAAGAGAAGGUGCAACACAGACCACCCAGAACAAUAUGUCAAUGCAUAUUUCUGCAAACAGACCUACAUCAAGGCAUAUGAAUUUUUGUUAGAGCCUUUAAAUGGUCCUCAUGAGUGGCCUACUUCUGAUAGCAUUGUUGUGGCUCCAAAGGUGAAAAAGGUCAAUGGAAGACCUAAAACAAAGAGGAGAUAUGGUGUUGGAGAGGUAACUGCAUCUGGUAAGCUGAAGAGAACAGGCUGUGCCAUGAAAUGCAGCUUAUGUGGUGUGAUAGGCAACAACAAAAGGGGUUGCAAGAAUGCCCCUAAGCAACAACAACACAGCAACAAUCAUGCUACUGCAGAGCAGACCACACCACAGCAACAACACCCAAGAACCAGUUCAGCUAUACCAAUGCACAAUAGGGGUGUGGGUAUUUAUACCUACCCAAAUGGGUAUCAAAGAAUAGCUACUGUAAGUCAUUCAAUAGACUCAAAUUCUUUCUUACAUGUUACUUUACUGUACUGA